AUGUUCGGAAUUAAUUUUUCCAUUUUCCAUAUUUUUGCUCUUUUGGGGGAAAAUGUACAACAUGUUCACCUAUUAUGGACUAAACUGAAGCUUGAAGUUGAAGGGUGGUAUGGUGUGGUGGUAAAAGGAGCAGCCGACAAUAGUAUGAAAGGAAAAGGCAUUUGGACAUAUAUACAGUUUUACACACUAUAUAUUUAUAAUAGUUUUGCUUGGAAAUAAAAAAAUAAUAAAUAAAGAGUAAGAUCUUGCAUUGCAGGUCACAUGCACAUGCAGACAAGGCUAGACCCACCCACAUACACAUCUCACAUGGAUGUCUGGGAUAGAAGCCUUGAGGAUUUCUGACCCACAAAAAUACAUACAAACACAACCCAACAGCCUCAUACACAUGGUGCAUGCCCUUCUCUCUCUCUCUCUCUCUCUCUAGAGUAUAAUUAUAAUAUUUAUUAGUUUAGCCAACGCUUGGUCUUGACUCUCUCACCAGAUUCGUUUACACAUUUUAAUGAUAUAGCAACACCUUCCUGUCUCUCCUGAGCUGUCUUUCCACUUGUUCCUUAUGGAAAAAUCUCUUCUUGGAUCUGCAGAGAUUCCUUGUUACAAACCGGUUUUGCAUAGGUUUUAGUUUCUUUUUAGGCAAAUUGAAGGUAAUGUUAGGUGCUGCUGGUAAAAAAAACUCUGGGUUCUGUGUUUCAUUGUUGUACAUUGUAAUAGUUAAAUGUUAAUGGGUCCCUCUCUCCGUUUUCUUUAGGCCCUUUGAUGUGAAACACUGUUUUGCCUGAUUUGUUUCUCUGAAACGAAACAACUUUCUUUCUUUCCACUCAUUGGUUUUGUGAUAUGGUCUUCUGGGUAUGUUCCUUUUUCCUGUUGUGGCUUGAAAACUUAUAGUUGUUUGGAGGAGAAACCCGUGAAAUACUCAAAAGGGUACUUGCUUCAUCGGAAAUUUUGUAGUGGGUUGUGAUUGUUUGAUUGCAAAAGCAAAGAUUUCUUUUAAAUUUUUUAUUUUGUUUAUUUCCUUGGUGGGUUUUCAAGGAAGAUAAAGUUUGUUUCUUUGAGCUGUAACUAGCAGAGGAAAUAGGAUUUUCAGAGCAAUUGUGGAGUAGAUUAACUUGAUUUUGGUUGUAUGGGAUGCUGUGAUUGGAUUUAAAAGAAUGAAUAAUACGGAGAGCUUAAAUUGAGCUACUUCUAAUAUACUACAUUAAGAGAGCAGACACUGUUAGGAGGGCAAGUCAAGAUUUUUCUUGGUACUUGAAAGCAGGAUAUUGUUGUCAGAGGAAGCCAAGGUUUUUGAGGUGCGUGAAAUUCUUGAGUUACCCGAGAGUGCCAAGCAUAUUCAACUGCAAUUUUCUGAUAUUACUGAUUUUUGUGUCAGAACUCAGAAGAGGGUAUGUAGCUGAGUUAGGUGUCUGAAAUUACUGAUAUAGAGGUUAAUAAAGGUCUUGAAAGUUGUAAAGCUUCAAAGACUGGUCCAACAUUGUGGAAGAGACUUAUUUUUUGCAGAUGGCUCUGGUUUUAAUAAAGUUGAGAAGAGGAGACUAGAAUUUGAUUUUGUGGAGAUAGGAAGUUAAGAUGGCUGCUAAGAUUUUACAUUCCCUAGCUGAUGAGAAUCCAGAUUUACAAAAGCAAAUAGGAUGCAUGACUGGGAUUUUUCAGAUUUUUGAUCGUCACCCUGUCCUUACUGGGAAGCGCAUUAGCCACAAGAGAUUUCCUCCCCCAGGAACUUCCAGUUUCAGCAACAUUAAUCUGGAAAGACAAUCUAAUAAUUUGCACUAUCAGCAGACUUCAGGAGAGGUAAAUUCAAACAAGAGUGUUAAUGAAAAGCAAAGAUUUUCUACAGAAUCAUCAAGAGCAUCUGUCUCAUCCUCUUGUUCAUCAGUAUCAUCUCUGGAUGGUAAUAAAACAGCUCAGCAGGAAGUUUUUUCAUUUGAUCGAAUUAUUAUCCCUGAAACUUCAUCAAAGGAUCCAGUAAGAAACCAAUCAAGCAUCUCUCCACGGUUAGGGAGGCACUCCCUUGACCUCCGAGAUGUGGUCAAGGACUCUAUGUAUAGGGAAGCCCGAGGACUAUCAGUUAAGACUGCAACUAAAGAGGAAGCAGCAGGAGGUCAUGGAGUAAAGCAUAGGGACUCCCCAAGGCCCUUACAGCUUUCCAAACAUGUGGAUGAAUCUAAUGGAGUAGGAAUUAGUGGAAAACAAAAUACACCAGUUGACCUGAAGGAGUCUCUUAGAGUUCUUGCUAAACUGAGAGAAGCUCCAUGGUAUUAUAAUGAUGCUAGAGAAGAUCCAGGAUCAUCAAAUGAGUCUAAAGAUGGUUCAUGGCACUCAAUUUCAAGGGAUGCUCGUCGAUUUUCAUGUGAUGGAAGAGAAACUAAUCGUCUAUCAUUUGAAUCACGAGAUUCCUUCAAAUCAACUGCUAAGCUAAAAGAGUCACCGAGACUUUCAUUGGAUAGUCGAGAAUGUUCAAUGCGAGGUUCCAACCUUUCAAAGAUUGCCAAGAGUUGUAGAAUGUUGAAUGAGAAUGACCCUAGUCUGCCAGAGUCAUCAGGAACUCAAAACCGACCUCCUAGUGUUGUGGCAAAGUUGAUGGGCUUGGAUGCAUUGCCAGAUUCUACUUCAGCUGGGGAUGGUCAGUUGGGUUUGAUCAAAACCUUUCCAAUUCAAGAUGGUGAUUCGUCUACAAGGUCACCAACAACAAAUAAUCUUAAUAGGCCAAUUCGACUUCCAAACUCCCCAAGAAACUUACUGAAAGAGCCAUCAUCACCACAAUGGAAUAAUAGUGACUUUGUAAUGAAGCCCAUUUCAAGUUCAAGGUUUCCAAUUGAACCAGCUCCGUGGAGAAUGCAAGAUGGAAAUAAAGGUUCCCAGAAAACUAGUUCUAGACCUGUAAAAGUUCCAGCAAGGACUUCAAACUCCUUCCCAUCUGUUUAUAGUGAGAUUGAAAAGAGACUAAAAGAUCUAGAAUUUAAACAAUCUGGGAAAGAUCUCAGGGCUCUUAAGCAGAUAUUGGAAGCAAUGCAAUCAAAGGGACUGCUAGACACCAGAAAAGAAGAACCAGAUUCUAAUUUUGGAGCGGCGGGGUGCCAUGAACAUGUGAGUUACAAUCUAAAUCAAAGGUCUGCAGACCAAAGGUAUUCACAGAGCAACCAUCUUAAUGGCUUCUCACUUAGAGGGCCUGGUUCCUCAAGGACCUUUGAGUCUCCAAUUGUGAUCAUGAAACCAGCUAAACUUGUUGAAAAAUCUGUUACAUCUACUUCCUCAGCAGUUUCUGUGGAUGGCCAUUCUGAGAUCCAUAAAUCUCAUAAUGGUGGAGCUGUAGAUGGUAAAAAGGUUCCAAAUAACAGCCGAACGGCCCCUAAGUUCAGUCGUAGGGAUGCUGCUGUCAAUUCUGUUGACAAGAGAGGAGGUGCCAGGAACACAAAAUCAGCUCAGUCUAGGUCUCAACAACUUUCAAUGCAAAACACGGCAACAAAUACAGUGAAGAGCUCAGCUUCUGUGAGCCCAAGACUACAACAGAAGAAGCUUGAGAUGGAGAAACGAAGUCGUCCGCCUACCCCUCCAUCUAAUUCAAACAAGCCUAGAAGGCAAACUAACAGGCAGUCAACAGACACAGGUUCACCAGGUGGAAGAGCCAGGCCAAAGUAUAAUAACUCACAACAAUGUGAUGAUCAACUAAGUGAGAUUAGUAAUGAAUCAAAGUCUUUGAGUUGCCAAGGUGACAACAUAUCUUUGCACUCAGAAGACAAUAUGCUUUUGGACUUAAAAACAGAUGUCGAAGUCACCAGUGUUCUACUAUCUACUGACAUGAAUUGCAGUCUGAGUCCAUCCAUGAAGGUUGCCAAAUACUUGGAAUCUGGCUCAAUACAGAAGAGAGCAACUCCAAGGCUUGAUGAAGAAGAGUCAUUUGCAGAACUCCCUACAGUCGCACCCGAACAUCCUAGUCCUGUUUCUGUUCUUGAUACCUCUGCUUACAAAGAUGAUGCUCCUUCUCCAGUUAGACAGAUACCAACUGUCCUCCGAGGUGAUAAAGCUGAGGAUUCCAAUGAAAUGAAAAACUUAGAUCAAGAUCAAUGGAGCUCCCCUGAUAAAAGCACAGGGUCUGGCCUUACCUCUGAGAUCAAUCGCAAAAAGUUAGAGAAUAUUGAAAACUUAGUUCAGAAGCUUAGACGAUUGAACUCCAGUCAUGAUGAAGCAAGGACAGACUACAUUGCAUCUCUUUGUGAGAAUACAAAUCCCGAUCACAGAUACGUUUCUGAAAUAUUGUUGGCUUCAGGCCUCCUACUCAGAGAUCUUGGUUCUGGCCUAACAACACUACAUCUCCAUCCCUCAGGCCACCCCAUCAACCCUGAGUUAUUCUUUGUUUUGGAGCAAACCAAGGCAAGCAGCCUGCAAUCAAAAGAAGAAUGCAGCCUUGUCAAUGCUGUCAAUGUUAAAUCGGACAAGGAGAAACUUCACAGGAAGCUCAUAUUCGACGCUGUUAAUGAGAUUCUUGUUGGGAAGCUGUCAUUGGUUGGUGAGUCAUGCAAACCAUGGCUGAGGACGAAAAAACUAGCAAAGAAGACCCUCAAUGCACAAAAGCUUCUAAAGGAGUUGUGUUUUGAGAUUGAACAAUUCCAAACCAAAAAACUAGACUUCAGCUUAGAGGGUGAGGAUGAUGGCUUGAAAACCAUCCUGUGGGAGGAUGUUAUGCAUCGAUCGGAGAAUUGGACAGACUUUUCUGGUGACAUUUCUGGAGCAGUCCUAGAUGUAGAGCGCUCCAUUUUUAAGGACUUGGUAGAUGAGGUUAUUAAGGGAGAGGCAGCGAAUUUGCGAGCCAAGCCAGGGCGCCGACGGCGAAAGCUGUUUGCAAAGUAGUGUUCAACUGCAUUCUUUUCUUCUAUUUCACUGUCAUUAUGAUUGUUCUUUCUUUUUUUCUUCUGACAAGAAAGUGUAAUAAUCUACGUGUAAGAUCAAUUACGGUUCUUUGCCAUGGAUUUGUAAAGAAGUUAACUUUCAAAAUUUUACAACAGAAUUGUUAAGGUUCAAAUAUAUGAUAUGAUUAGACCCCAUUUCUUGACA